AUUCACAAAUUACUUUUAAUGCAGUUUUCUUUAAAUCUUGUAGCAGUUAGAGCUUGCAAUUCACUUUUGCAAAGGGAUGAAUUCAACUUCACUGAAGCUGUGUCAUUCAAGUUCAGUGACUUGUGCCUCUCUGCAAGCUAUUAAUUGUAAUAUUUGGUUGUCCUGUGCUAGAAAUGCAUUAUGAAAUUGUGAGAUUAAGGUUUUGUUUUGUUUUGCUUUCAAACUGGGAUAGAACGUUUGAGUGGUUUAAAAGUUGGCAGUUUCCAUAGAAAUAGGUUAGAGCAAAACAUUUUAAGGAGAUCUGCUACCAAGUAGUCAGUUUAAAUAAUGCUGAGCUCUGAGAUGCUCCAAUAUCAUUAAUGACAUCCCAGUCAAAGUCACUAUCUAUAUAGUUUGGGGCACUUUGCAUGCACUGUAUUGCCUUUCUCUCGGGAAGUUUACAUUUUUAGUAGUCUUAAACAGGGUCCCUAAAAAGAGAGGAGCCCUUGAACAUAGAGUUGCCUAAAAGGACACUGAAGCAGAAGUGGAUGAAGUCGCUUUUUCCCAUUAAGAAGAUGCAAGAUGCAGAGAAAAAGGGCACUAAGAGGAGAGCUGCUGGCAAUCUGAAAUGGUGUGUGUCUGCAAGAGGCAUGUAGAAAGGAAGAUACUGAGUAAAGGUGGAGAUACCAGCAGCCUAGAAGCCAGGCUCAUCCUCUGCUAAGCCUGGAUCCCCUGUUUCCUGGGAGAGCACUCUGAUUCAGGGACUUGUCAAUGGUGACCCCUUCCAUGCGUUGUAGGGAGACCCUCAUUCUACUGCUGUGCACACAUUUCUGGGAGUGCUUCACAGGGUGGAGGCAGAAGCUGAGAAGGAGCUGCCUGCCUUAUGGACCUGGCUGGACUUACAGGACACCGAAGCAUGUUUGAGCAUAUGUCACAAAGUGCAAGCUCAAAGGUAACAGAGAGGAAACUGCGUGGGACUUGUCCUCCUGUUGGUCGUGGAAACUGUGGAAAGCAAUGUGUGAAUGCAAGCAGUUGUAGGUCUUCAUGUUUUAAUCCCCGGAAUGAUUUUCACACUGUACAUUCAGAGCACAGUCCUGUGAAGCCAAGGAUUAUUACAGUGGUGAGACCCUGUGGGCAUAUGCUGAGAAAGAUAACCUUGCUUCUGAACAGGAGAUCAGUGCAGACCUUUGAACAGCUAAUGGCUGACAUUUCAGAAGCUCUGGGAUUUCCACGUUGGAAGAAUGAUCGUGUGAGAAAGCUUUACAGUCUAAGAGGCAGAGAAAUCCAAAGUGUUUCUGACUUCUUCAGAGAAGGUGAUGCAUUCAUAGCUCUGGGCAGGGAGCCCCUUACAUUGAAGAACCUGGAAGUGGCAAUACAAGAACUUUGUCCUGAAAAUCCGUAUGCUGCCAGUGCAAUUCAGCAGAACGAGGAGCAGUCCCAAAAACUGAAGAGCAGGCUGUGUGAUAAAGCUUCAAAAGUGGAUGGUGGCUUCGAUGAGGUGGAAGUUGCCAAGACCUGCAGUGAUGCCGUGUCUCCCAAAAUGGUAGCUGGAAAAAAUCAAUCCAAGACGAGGCAAGAAGAAAAAAUGAGAACCAAAAAAAAGUGGACCAGAGGGAGUUGGAAUGGUGAACAAGGAGUGAGGCCUUCUAGAAAAGCUCGAGAAGAUGAGAGGUACCUUAACCAAGAUAGGAGUCCUGAGAAAGGGUUAGAAGAGAGUUCAAUGGAGGUACUGAGGUGUGAGAAGUGUGAACGGGAAAGGCAGGCCAGGCAAAAGUUGCAAAGGGAAAGGCAGGCUGAGGCUUCAUUUGAGAACAUAGACCUGAAUGCACGUGCGUGUCAGAGGUACCAUGUAGAAAGAAAUGUAAAAAUCAGGAAUUGCCAGAAAGCUUCAGAAAUUCCUCUAGAGGAUGAAGAUGUUGGCUGGAAAGAUAACUGCUGUAGGAGGACCUGGAAGCCUCUACAUAGGAAUGUUAAUGAAGGACUGGAAAAGCAAAAAAGGAGCAUUGAGAAGGAAAGGGAUCUGGAGAAACAUGAAAACCGUGAGAAGGAAGUAGUAAAAAUAAAGAAGAAUGCUGUAGAAGGGCGUCAGAUAGCUCAUGAAAUGAAGGAAGAAAAUGGAAGUAGCUGUGUAACAAACCAAAAUGGUUGGCUAAUGAAAGACACUCCAAGGGAUGCUGAGAAACCAUCUAAAACGCAUAAGGAUGGUAGAGAGGGACAAAGGGCUAAAGAAGAAGGUGCCAGGAGAGAGGGAAAUGCUGUACAUAGGGAGAGUGACGUGACACGACGAGAGAAAACAGGAGAGCGUAGAUUGAAUAAGGAAGAAAACAAGGCUCAGGGACUGGAAAUCGCCAGCCGAAGGCAUGCUAUAAAAAGCAGAACUGAUGUAGAAAACCACUAUGAGAUUGGCAGGACUAUUGGGGAUGGGAAUUUUGCAGUGGUGAAGGAAUGCCGCCGCUGUGACUCAAAUCAGAUAUAUGCCAUGAAAAUUGUUGAUAAAUCCAAGCUGAAGGGGAAGGAGGACAUGAUGGAAAGUGAAAUUCUGAUCAUUAGGAGUCUUUCUCAUCCCAAUAUAGUAAGCUUAAUUGAAGUAUAUGAGACGGAGGCUGAGAUCUAUCUAAUCCUGGAGUAUGUCCCAGGAGGGGACUUAUUUGAUGCUAUCAUAGAAAGUGUGAAGUUCACAGAGCAUGAUGCUGCUGUCAUGAUCACCGACCUGUGUGAAGCCCUGGUGUAUAUUCACAGUAAGAACAUUGUCCACAGGGACCUCAAACCAGAGAACCUUUUGGUUCAGCACAACGCAGAUAAGUCUACUACACUGAAACUAGCAGAUUUUGGCCUUGCAAAGCUGGUUACAAAACCCAUAUUUACUGUGUGUGGAACGCCAACCUAUGUUGCCCCUGAGAUACUUGCUGAGAAGGGCUAUGGGCUCGAAGUCGAUAUGUGGGCAGCUGGUGUGAUCCUUUACAUUCUGCUCUGUGGUUUUCCCCCGUUUCGCAGUCAGGAGCGUGAUCAAGAAGAGCUGUUUCAAAUCAUACAGCUGGGUCACUAUGAGUUCCUUUCCCCAUACUGGGACAAUAUUUCUGCAGCAGCAAAAGACCUCAUUACCAGGCUGUUGAUAGUGGAUCCCCAGAAGCGCUACACGGCAUGGCAAGUACUUCAGCAUCCUUGGAUCAGAACAGCUGGAAAAACUAACAACAGAAAUUUGCAAAGGGAAGUAACGAUAAAUAUUGAGCGUCAUUUCCGGACCCAGCGCCGGAAGGAGGCUGUGGAUAAAGACACGUGAAAUCAAUGAGUUCAUCUACCCUUCUUUUUUAUUAAUUAACAAAUUAUUUAUGUUUUCUAAAUGGAUUUGGCCUUUAGUUCAUGGAUUUUGCUGGCAAUUGCUAAUGCCUCUCUUGUUUUUGUUGAUUCUGAGAUUCUGAAGGACAGAGGUCAAAUUUGCAUCCACCUCCCUGUAUUUUUACUUGCAAGUGUAUCUGACAGCAGUGGGUACUAAAUAUUUCCCAGAAGGUAUCUGUUAUAUUUCUUUAAAUAAUGAUUUGAACUUAAUGUGUAUCUUUUUUAGAUUACAGAUGUUUCUUUUUGUCUAACUUCAGUGAUGACUGUGAAAUGCUUUCUCUUGUCUCCUUUCGUAUGGCAUCUUCUUUCAUGAGUUCUUUUUGCUUUGGAGUUGUGUUAUGUUUGUAGCAUUGUCAAAAUAGCUGUCUGCUCACACAUUUGGCGCUAAUACUCUGAACUGAUUUCUCACCAGUUCCUGCUAGCAAUUUAGAAGGUGAGAGAAAUAUAAAUAAAUGAAUAAAUAUUUAGCUAUAGGAUAUGUAAGAUAAAAAAUACUAUUUAUUAAGUUGUGAGGGGAAAAAGAAAUCAUUAUAGUAGAAAUUAGCUAUUCUAUGAUAUCUCCCUUGGCAACAUCUUUUCAUGAGGUGUUCUCAGGAUCAGCGUAAUAGUUCUGUUAAACUGCUGUAGUUUGUAUAGUAUGAUAGUUUCAGUUCUUUACAAGAAGAGGUGGGAAGAUACCAUGGCUGAUACAGCUUCAAGACUGUAAUACCUUUCACAGUGCUUUUCUUCCGUUCUGGAAAGUGGGAAGUUAAUGGUGCUGAGGAAGCAUUAGUUCUUUUCCCAAAAGUAUAUUUGUAGAAUUUUAACCCAAGCUUUCUUCUCAUACUGAAUUCUUUCUUAGGAACCAUCCACAUGGAUCUGUGACUUUUUCAAGUUGAUGGAGAAUAGAGAGCUGGGAAGCUGCUUCUUUGUCUUAAGUUAGCUCUUACCUUCGUGGUUUCCCUGUUAUCAACACAAUUCACAGUUGAAUUGCUUUUAUACACUUUUCAGUGUAGUUGAACAAACUUCUUUUUUCCAAGUUAUCUUUGAGGACUCUAUCUCCUCAAUUCCACGAGAAUGCACAAUGGUAUGAAAUGACAUUACAGUUCUACUCAGGAAAAACAAUUUCUUGUUAGUCUAUGGGAAGGUUUCCCAAGGUAUGUGUCAAAUGCUUCAUUGCUUAUGUUACUUAUAAUUGGAGUUUUUAAGAAAUCUGGUGGGAAAGGUUACCAUCCAGAGAAAGACCGUGACCUGGGAGAUCUUUUGAAUCUCAAAACUUUUGGCUAACUAAUCGAAUCAAAAAAGCACUUCAGUUGUCUGAUAACACUUUGUUCAUGAGUUGUAUGGUAGCAAAUAACACAAUAAAACUACCAAUUCUACUAGCAUCAAGUUCAUAGUCUGUAGAAUUGAAUGAGGGUAUUUCAAAAUCACAGACGUCAGAGGCAUUUUAGAAUCAGUAGAAGACUUCCAUAACUAUAAGAAAGAAUAUUUCUGCUGAGUGCUAACAUUUGUGAACUUUCUGAAUUACUAAGUUGUGUGUGAUGCCGUCAUUGUGUUUCUGUUUCAAGCUUUGACAGUUUUGCCUCAAGAUUGAAAAGAGAGCAGAGGCAACUUGGUUCAUACAACAGAACUGCGUUUUCAGUCAAGCUGGCUUAUUUUUAAUACAUGUUGGAUUGAGGCUUGCUGGGGAAUUCAACAAUUUGUAAAACAAACAAAUCAAAACUGUACUGUGUGCCCAAGUGGUAUUUAUAUUCCAUGUCAUACCUCUGCUUUGGAGGCCCUGAGUUAAGAAGACUUCUUGAAAAGAAGAAUGAAUUUGAGAGCUUUCCUAUGUGUAACCUCAUAUUCUAAAUGUGUUGUGUUCUUUGAUUGCUAGUAAUAACAUCUCCUGUGCUAAUUUGUCUGUCUUGGAUAUGAAACUAUGGAAAAACAGGUUAUGAUUUGCAAUAUUAUAUUUUGUACUUAUUUUUAAUAUAGUAGUUUAGGAAUCAAGUUUGAAGUGGGGAAAAACGGAACUAUUAUCAACAAUUAAGCUUAGGGCUUUGAUAUUGUGUUACAGGUUUCUUUGUU